AUGGGGAGUCCAUACCCUCCCAGCAACCAAUACAGGCUGGUAUUCCAUAUCAACAUCAAUAAGGAGUUCGAAGGCUGGAAGAGAGGCGAAUUGAACGAGGGCAUCAUCCUCGGGAACGGUCAACUCUGGAGCUACACCUUCCCCAACCUCCAGGUGUUCCCUGAGGACACCAUCUACUACUGGAUAGAGGUCCAUGGGUUCGACUGGGAGAAGGGUUACAAGGGCAACUACAAAGUUAGUCAGCCUGCGCCCUUGGGUGGUGCGCCUUCAGGAGAGGACAACCUCGGUGACUUGAGGCCGUGUAGAGGACUCUCGGCCACCACCUACUCCGGGGGCCGCAGGGCCUGUCUGGGCGAGCAGAUCAUCCACUCCUACACCCACGUGGCGCAGAAGUACAAGCGGAGAGGCUCCCAGUACUUCAUGCAGAGUGUGAGGCAGAUCGCCGGCCCCAGACCGGAGGAAACGUUUACAGUAUUUUCCAACGAGAAUAUCAUCUGGAACUCUACCCACAAUGCCUUUGUACCAACAACACUUGAACAGAAAUACGGACCUUCUGCUGUAGACGCCACCAACUUCACCAUUCCAGAUUGUACAUCAGAUGAGCCAAAUCUCUGCAGUGCGGAGGCAAUGGGCUACUUGAUCCUUCCACCGAUCAUCUCUGCCAGACACUCCACAGAGAAGACAUUCUCCUUCUGCUACGGAGUCUUGGAGGUCACUGCCAAGCUACCCAGAGGAGACUGGAUAGUCCCAGAACUGUGGCUCCUACCUAAAGACAACAAGUACGGUAACAGUUCUGGUAGGAUCAUCCUGGCCAUGUCCCGCGGAAACCUGAAUCUGUCAUCUGCCGAACAGGACUACAGUGGGAGGGUCCUGGAGGCCGGAGUGGAAACAGCCUCUGGAGCCAGGAUGUUCAAAAAGAUCCAGGAUAGGCCAUGGUCCAGCGAUUAUCAUAAGUUCAAGCUGGUGUGGACUCCAGAUAAGCUGGAGUUCUUAGUGGAUGAAGAGGUGAUUGGCAAGAUCCAACCUGGAGAAGAGGGUCUGGAGCCCGGACUGCAGGGAUCAAAAAUGGCACCAUUCGAUCAGGAAUUCUAUUUGGUGUUCGGGCUCCAUGUGGGCGGUGAUAAGGACUUCCCUGACUCAAUCAUCGGCAAGCCUUGGAAAAACUACGAACCCAAGAAUAAACUGAAGUUCUGGUUUGCUCGAGACAGUUGGCUGCCCACUUGGGGCAUACAUUCCGUCUUUCUCAUAAAAGGACUUUCGAUCACUGCCUUGCAUCAGCCUUAAACUGUGUGUUUUAUUCUGCUGUUGUUCCAAUACAUGUUUUUAUUCCAA